UGUUUCGUUCGAGGUGUUUUCAAAUUCGAAUACCUUUCGUUCGGACUGUUUUGUUUUCGAACAUCUUUCAUUCGAAUCAAACCAAACGUCAAACCCACUUUGUUUAUGAAGGAGUGAAUAAUUUCCGCAGCGGAUGAGCGGUGAACUGCAAAAAUGGAAAAAAACAAAAACAAAACAACCACUAAAAAUCAGUUCGAGCGGAUUGUGCUGCUUCUGGAGCAAGAGCCGGACAUAGCAAAGGGUUUCUCCCGAGGAAAUUCCGGACCCUUCUGGGAUGAUCUGGCGGCAGAAGUCAAUAGUUUGGGACCGCCUAUUCGCGAUGGAAGUGGAUGGAAAAAGGUUUGGGCGGACUAUAAGUCCGGAUUAAAGCGAAAACUCGCUCACAACAAACGGGAGCAGAGGGCGACAGGUGGAGGACCCAAUAAAAUUAUCAAUUUGUCCGAGCUGGAGGAGCAGGCAGUUCUACUAACUGGGUUACUUGCGACCGUGGAAGGAAUCCCGGGUACCUCAUCUCAUGGAACACAGUUGGGUUCGCCUUCGGGUGAACCUCAAGAUGCAGACCAGGAAAAUUUUAUAUAUUAUGGUACUUCCGACGAGUGUGACGGUAUCAAUAAUACCAUUCACUUCCAGCCCUCUCAGCCGAAAAAAUCCAGACCUUCUACCACGAGGCUAUUAGAGCUGCAAGUCGAGCAACAAAACAAAUUUCACACCAAUGUGAAAUCCCUGUUAAAAAACACAAAUAAGAAUUUGAGUGAUCUGGUUCAUUAUCAGCGCCAAUCAGCUCGAGCGAUUCUUUCCGUGGAUGCCACACUCAAAGAACAUCUGAGUGAACAAAAACGACAUAACCACGAGAUGGAGAAGAUCGCGCUGGAGAAAUCAAUAGCGACAAAUCCUUGAAACGCAGAUUGCGUAUAUUUCAGAACAUUAGAAUAAUGUUUCAAAAUAUCAGUGAUCUGAUUUUUUAUCUUUAUAUUGUAACUCAAGUAUAAAAAAAUGAAAAAAGUUCUAAUCGUAUUUUUAUAUCUUUCCAUGGAAGAAAAAUCUUACUUAUUUUUUUCUUUGAAGUUUGUUUGGAAUAGCAUCAAAAUUAUAUAAACUUUUUUAAAAUUCACGAAUUUCGCCUAUAGUUUAUGGAACUUCCUUAACCCCUUCACGUACAACAUUGAACUUCACUCGUUGUUUCUCGAUGUGAAAUAAUUACAUAGCUUCAGGCAUAUGAUGAGGAUACCGACAACUGAAGAUUAUCAAAUUUCCGUUAUUUAAAAAAAAAAUUGAAUGAGCUAAAAAUAUAAAAUAUAAUUUGAAUAUUAUAAUUAAAAUAAAAACGAACGAGUUAGUACGUAGUAAUAACUCCUUCGUUUUUAUUUUAAACACAACAUGUAUUUGCUCAUCAUAGGGCACCCAUGUUAGAUACCCACACUCAGCAGAGUAGCGGAACGACUCGAAGUGCUCGUUUUGGGCCGUGCUGUUGGAAAUUAAAUCGUACAGCAAGGGGUUAAAACAACGCAAAAAGUAUUAAUAAUGGUUAUUUGAAUACUUGGCCUGCUUACGAGAAAUCGAUAAUGACAUGUUCUCAAAGUGUUGGCAGGAAUAAGAGUAAAUAAUUCUGCCGAAACCAUAGUUAAGUAAGGAAGACACUUCCUUUUCCGGUGGUUGUUAUUUAUUUGAGCAUUUGCAAACAAGUUAGAUGAAAUUUAACAGUCAUAAAUAUUAAUUUAAACAAAAGUUUAUUAUGUAAACAGCUGCAUAACAUAUUAUAACUACUGAGAACGACCAAAUUCUAAGCAUAUAUUGUGAAGUGCACAGCAUACAUUUAUAAUUUGAGCGCAUUUAGUAGGAUUGUAGUGAAGUUGUCUCGCGCCAAGGAUGCAUCUAAACCGAUUUUUUAGUAAACCGAUUGUCCGCUCGACGAUAGCACGACCCAAGGCAUGCCUGCGAUUAAAAUCGCUCUCCAAACUCCCUUCCUCCGCUGCUCUGA